GUUUUCCUCUUAGGCGGCGCCAUUUUGUGCACAGAACCGCUACAGCCGCCGGCGGUGAGGGGCUGACCCACCGUCGCGAGGAUGGCGGAACCCCUGACAGUGUCGGGCGACUCGGGCGCCGGCACUGCUGUUCUGGGCUUGGGCUCCUCGGAGCCCGGAACCCGGCGGCUCAGCGAGUUGCGCGUGAUUGACCUGCGGGCGGAGCUAAAGAAGCGAAAUUUGGACACUGGUGGCAACAAGAGCGUCCUGAUGGAGCGACUCAAGAAGGCCCUCAAGGAGGAGGGGCGAGACCCUGCCGAGCUUGGCAUCGGGCUGGAGGCCGCCAGCAGGAGGACGCCAAAGAGAUGCGCUAAAGGACAGAAGAUGGAGGAGGAGGGCACAGAGGACAACGGCCUGGAGGAGGACUGCAGAGACGGCCAGGAGGAUGUGGACGCGGGUUUGGAGCACCUGCAGAGCAUGGACAUGGUGGACAUGAGUGUGUUAGAUGAGGCUGAAGCCGAGGACAGCAGUGCCCCCGAUUUCGGGGAAGAGGACGGCGGCGGCGGCGACAACGGCAUUCUCGCCCCCCUCUGCGACAGUAAAGAGUGCGUGGCCGCGCAGCUGGGCCCGCUUCCCGCUCAGCUCCCGGGACACGCUGUAGGUAACUUGGAGGUGGACGCGGAAGGCUUUGAGAGCCCGCUGGAAGCUCCGGCGCUGGACUUCAAAGAGACCCCGGACAUGGAGGAGCCUCUCCCAGAGCCAGAAAAUGAGAAAAUACUCGACAUUUUGGGGGAAACUUGUAAAUCUGAGCCAGUAAAAGAAGAAGGUUCCGAGCUGGAGCAGCCAUUUGCACAGGAUACAAGUAGCGUGGGGCCAGACAGGAAGCUGGCGGAGGAAGAGGACCUUUUUGGCAGCGCCCCGGCGGAAGAGGAAGAGGAAGAAGAGCAGGAGCAGGAGCAGGAGGAAGAGGAGGAAGAGGAGGAGGAGGAGGGAGAUUUAGAUUUGGCCCGCGAGUCGACCCGCGCUCAGUGGAGCGAGGCAGACACCCCGUUAGCGGUAGUGAAAAGGGAGCCCGCGGAGCAGCCGGGCGCAGGCGGAGGCGGAGGCGCGCGGCCGGACUGUGAGCCUGUAGGGCUAGAGAAGCCAGUUGAGCAGAGUAGCGCGGCCUCCGAGCCGCCGCGGGCCGGUGGCCAGGAGCCGGCGGACGCGCCCGCGGAAGCCGCGAGCCCGGAGCCCCGGGAUAGCAAGGAAGACGUGAAGAAGUUUGAGUUUGACGCUUGUAAUGAAGUCCCUCCGGCUCCUAAAGAGUCCUCAGCCAGUGAGGGCGCUGAUCAGAACAUGAGCUCUUUUAAGGAAGAAAAAGAUAUAAAGCCAGUCAUUAAGGAUGAAAAAGGCCGGGUCAGCAGCAGCUCUGGACGGAACCUGUGGGUCAGUGGACUGUCCUCCACCACACGCGCAACUGACCUCAAGAGCCUGUUCAGCAAAUAUGGAAAGGUGGUGGGCGCCAAGGUGGUGACCAACGCCCGGAGUCCCGGGGCCCGCUGCUACGGCUUCGUCACCAUGUCCACGGCGGAGGAGGCCACCAAGUGCAUCAGCCACCUGCACAGGACGGAGCUGCACGGCAGGAUGAUCUCCGUGGAGAAGGCCAAAAACGAACCUGCGGGGAAGAAGCUGUCCGACAGGAGAGAGUGCGAGGUGAAGAAGGAGAAGCCGUCCAGCACCGAGCGGCAUCACCCUGUGGAGGUCAAGGUUGAAAAAACCGUGAUCAAGAAGGAAGAGAAGGCUGAGAAAAAGGAAGAGAAAAAGCCAGAAGACAUUAAAAAGGAAGAAAAAGACCAGGACGAGCUGAAAGCAGGACCUGCAGACCAGGCCAGAGUCACUAAGUCAGCAGGAAGCAGAGGCACAGAGCGCACAGUGGUGAUGGACAAGUCCAAGGGCGAGCCUGUCAUCAGCGUGAAGACCGCCAGCAGGUCCAAGGAGCGGAGCUCCAAGAGCCAGGACCGCAAGUCGGAGAGCAAGGAGCAGCGGGACAUCCUGUCCUUCGACAAGAUCAAGGAGCAGCGGGAGCGCGAGCGCCAGCGCCAGCGGGAGCGGGAGAUCCGGGAGACGGAGCGGCGGCGGGAGCGGGAGCAGCGCGAGCGGGAGCAGCGGCUGGAGGCCCUGCACGAGCGCAAGGAGAAGGCGCGGCUGCAGCGCGAGCGGCUGCACCUGGAGUGCCAGCGCCAGCGGCUGGAGCGGGAGCGCAUGGAGCGGGAGCGGCUGGAGCGCGAGCGCAUGCGCGUGGAGCGCGAGCGCAGGAAGGAGCAGGAGCGCAUCCACCGCGAGCGAGAGGAGCUGCGGCGCCAGCAGGAGCAGCUGCGCUACGAGCAGGAGCGGCGGCCCGCGCUGCGGCGGCCCUACGAGCUGGACAGGCGAGAGGACGCCUACUGGCCGGACAGUAAGCGAGUGGCCCUGGAGGACAGGUACCGUGCUGACUUCCCCCGGCCCGAUCACCGCUUCCACGAUUUCGACCACCGCGACCGGGGCCAGUACCAGGACCACGGCGCCGACAGGAGGGAAGGGGCCCGGCCAGGGAUGGGUGAGCGAGACGGGCAGCACUACAUGGACGAGCGCCACGGCCACGGAGCACACCCUGAGCGCCACAGCCGGGACUCACGAGACGGCUGGGGCGGCUAUGGCUCCGACAAGAGGCUGAGUGACGGGCGGGGGCUGCCGCCGCCUCCCAGGGGCGGACGAGACUGGGCUGAGCACAGCCCGCGGCUGGAGGAGCCCCCGGCGCGUGCCUGGCAGGGUGCAGUGGACACAGGCGUCGUUGGCCGGGAGCACACGCGCUGGCCAGGUGCCGAGCGGGGCCUGAGCGGACCCUCGGGGCCGGGGCACGCGGCAAGUCGGGGCGGCGUGGCGGGGCGCGGCGGCUUCGCGCAGGGCGCACACUCCCAGGGCCACGUGGUACCGGGCGGAAGCCUGGAGGGCGGCGGAGUGACCGGCCAGGACCGGGCCAGCAGAGCCCCGCACCCUCACCCUCACCCUCACCCCUACCCGCACUUCACCCGCCGCUACUAGAUUGCCGUGGUGGGCGACGUGAACGCGCUCUGUAACAAACUCGCCCCUGUCCUGCCGUUUUUACGCCCAGGUUUCUGUUAACGAGGCAUUCCAUUUUCCACGAAUAAAGGUGUACAGUUCGCA